UUGAAAAUUAUCAAUUUGAAACAGUAAGACUUCCAAGUUUUAGGCAUAGAUGAGACAAGGACUCUUCCAAAGAUAUAACAGGAUUGGGAAAAGUAUGAGGAAUACUCCUAAACAUAAGGGUGAAUUAAGUAAUACACAAAUAUUUGAGAGGACGGGGCAUAAUAUGUUCCAGAAUUCACCUGAAGGCAGAAGGAGGAAAUUUCAAAAGGAUUAUUUCAAAAACAAGUCAUAUUCCAUUCGUAAGGCUACAAAUGAAAGUACUGCAAGUCAGACUAGAGAAUCGACUAUGAGGCCUUCAGGGAUGGAUAAAAUUAAGAGGAAUUCAAAGAUUGUCAUCCAGAAAUACAAGAGGAAAUAACCAGAAAACAUUUGCUAAGCUUUACGAAGCCCAAAAGAUCGCUUUGCCUAGCACUUCUGAGGGUAAUCGCAACAACUCUGUCCAAUCACAGUCUCCUAAAAGUGAGUUAUGAGGCUGAUUUAUAGAUAUCUUAAAGGAAAACACAUCCCUUAAAUGGUUCAGAAGCAGGAGCAAGGAGAAGAGCAAGAAAAAGUACAGAUUUACCGAUACUGAGAUCAUCAGGAAUAAUGAAAUAGAGAACAUCUUCCACCUCUUUGACUCCGAUGGGUCAGGCACUCUGGAAAUUAAUGAAAUAGAAGAAGUGUUAAAACAUAUGUCUGGUGAUAGCCAGGAAAUUAAUAAAGAGUCACUGAGACUCCUAUUCCAAGUUGUGGAUACAGAUAAUUCUGGAUCUAUCUCGAUUGAUGAGUUUAAAGAAUUCCUAAAUGAUAGAGAAAAACAAAGAGAGUUUUCUAAGUCAUUAAGAAUACUGCUGUGAGGACUAGGAGAACCUGAGAAAUAAAAUGGAUAAUAUAUCGAAGUUUCUGAAUCAGACUCAUAAAAUAAAUAAGCCUCUUCCUAAUUUUAUUCCUUCAUCUGCAGCAUCAAUGUUGAAAUAUUUGAAGUAUCGAACAAUACGAAAGUCAGUGUACGACUCAAUCUCAGGAAAGUUCUUUCAGACCAAGAUAAAGAAAGAAGGAAUAAAUAGUGAGAGGAAUUAUGCUAGCAGUAGUAUGCAAGAACCAGAUUCAAUCUUACAAUGAAUAUUUAAAGAUAAAACAAAGCUUACAAGUGAUAGAGAUAAUUUCUUGAAAAUAUUCUCAGGAUACCCAAUUGGAGAUGCCUCUCUUGGGGAAGAUCCAGUAGCAAUUAUGAAAGAAAAGCAUAUUUCCUUACAUAAGAUCCGGAAUCCAAAAGUAAUCCAGUAUGGCAGAGAUUCAUUCAGCCGAAGUGGUACUAAAUUUCACUUACCCCAAAGAAUCACCUUACGAAAAGCAAAAAGUCAAUAUAAGACCAGUUCAAACAUGGCUAAAGAAUUUACUUGUGAAAUAUUUCAUAAAUAACUAUUCCAAUUUAA